UCAUUGAUGGUUCAGUGAGAUCCAAAUCAAGCCUGAGUAUUGUUAUUUGUAAACAUGCAUUAUGUUUUGUGGGGUGGGACGGCAACCUAGAAACUUUCUUCCUGUAUUUGGCUGUUCUAGUUUGUUGUUUAUCUAAAUGGAUUGAUGAGUGGAAACUUCAAGAAAAUGGAUAUAUACCAACUUUCUUUUUUUGAUCAGGCUAAAUGGCAAAGUGUUGAUGAUUGCUAGAAAAACAAGGUUUAAGCCUCAACAUGCUCAAACUAUGUCUAUGUGGGCAGGCCCAGACAAACUUUGACAACAUUUUAUGCCAUUUCUUGUUUUUAGCUGUUAUAUCAUCAGGCGCUAACCCAACUAGGGACUUGGAAGGCAUUGACAAUAAUACAAAUGAACUUUCACUUGAGAAUGAUCUCAUUCAUUCUUUACUUUCUCUUCUUCUCGAUCUUACCUUGAAUCCGUAGUAUAAAAAUAUAUAUGCAACUGAGCUGCCCACAACACGACAAACAAGAAUCAAAAGCAGCAAUGGCAAUGGCGAUGAAUACUUUAAUCCUACCACUACUAUUUAAGACCCCCAAUUUCACUGAAAACCUCUGCAUCAGAACUACAAAAUACAAAUUAAGCGGCAAAGAAAUUAAGAUAUGGAAUUUUCUUGCAAGGACUUCAAGGUAGGAAAAUGCCAAGGCCAAAAGGUGGUGGAUGGUGAAACAAUGCCACUGGUUCUGCAACCCCCAGAGACUGACAAGGCUGAUAUGGAAUCACUUUUGUUGGCUUUAAAGACAAACAAGGAUUGGUUCGAGCAAAUGAUCAUCAAAAACAGUGCUGUCCUCCUACGAGGUUUCGAUGUCAAGAAUGCACAAGCAUUCAAUGACAUCGUGGAAGCCUUCGGUUGGGAUGAUAUUCGCUAUGUCGGACCAGCACCACGGACGCAUGUGUAUAAACGUGUUUGGACGGCUAAUGAAGGACCUCUCUCUGAGUUCAUAUAUUACCACCAUGAAAUGGUUCUGAUAAAGGAAUGUCCAAAGCAAUUACUACUAUUCUGCGAGGUGCCACCACCGGAAGGUGGAGAGACACCCUUUGUUCCUAGCUUUCGAGUAACAGAGCGGAUGCUAGAGGAGUUCCCAGAAGCUGUGGAGGAAAUGGAUGCCAAGGGGUUAAACUACACAUUCACAGCCCUCAGCAAGAAUGAUACAUCAUCAAUGAGGGGUAGAGGCUGGGAAGAUGCUUUUGGAACAUCGGACCGUGAAGAGGCUGAGAGACGAGCCAAAGCACUGGGAAUGGACAUGGAGUGGCUACCUAAUGGUGGGGUGACGACUAAACUGGGACCUCGACCUCUAACAAGGGUGUUUGAAGGAAGAAAGGGGAGGAGAAUGUGGUUUAACACCGUCGUUGGUAUGCAUGGAAGAGAGAUUAGCUCAGCCGUCAUGGCAGAUGGAACAGAGAUACCGGAAAAAGUCGUUAAGAGAUGUGGAGAGAUCAUUGAGGAAGAAAGCAUUCAAUUCAAGUGGGAGAAGGGUGAUGUUCUCAUCUUUGACAACUUGGCUUUGCUCCACGGACGGAGACCUGCUAAGCCCCCCAGAAGAGUCCUUGUUGCCACUUGCAAGUAG